CAGGAGCACAGUGCCGCGUCCGGCCUGCACAGCCAUGUCCCACAGCUCUGGUCCCAGCUCCGGCCUCAGCCCCGCACCCUCCAGAGCAGGGGUCUGCCCCUGCCCAUCCCUGGCGGGACUCGAUGCACGCACCGGCUUCCCCAUGUCUCUGUGCCCGGCUGUGCUGGAGCUAGCACCGAUGGCAGGACCCGGAGCUCCCAGAGCGCCUUCGGGGGGCCGCCCUCACCCCCCUGCGCCUGCUGCCAAGCUGUGUCCGUGUGCUCUGCGACUGGAUGGAGCCAUGGGGCAACCCACCCUCGGCCACGGUGGGCCUGCUAUGGAAUAUGACGAGAAGCUGGCGCGCUUUCGACAGGCUCAUCUCAACCCCUUCAACAAGCAGCUGGGGCAGGGCCAGCAUGAGCAGAAGGCCGGGGACGCUACCGAGGAGCUGGCCCGUCGAGAGGUGCUGCUGGAUCUGUCGCAGGCGGAGCCGGAGUUUCAGUGCACGGAGCGCGUGAUGGACCUGGGCCUGGCCGAGGACCACUUCUCCCGCCCCGUGGGCCUGUUCCUGGCCUCGGACAUCCAGCAGCUGCGGCAGGCCAUCGAGGAGUGCAAGCGGGUGAUCCUGGAGCUGCCCGAGCACUCGGAGAGGCAGAAAGAUGCCGUCGUGCGCCUCAUCCACCUGCGCCUCAAGCUCCAGGAGCUGAAGGACCCCAGUGAGGAUGAGCCCAACAUCCGGGUGCUGCUGGAGCACCGCUUUUACAAGGAGAAGAGCAAGAGCGUCAAGCAGACGUGUGACAAGUGCAGCAACAUCAUCUGGGGCCUCAUCCAGACCUGGUACACCUGCACUGGGUGCUACUACCGCUGCCACAGCAAGUGUCUGAACCUCAUCACCAAGCCCUGCGUGCGCUCCAAGGUGAGUCACCAGGCUGAGUAUGAGCUGAGCAUCUGCCCCGAGACUGGGCUGGACAGCCAGGACUACCGGUGCGCUGAGUGCCGGGCACCCAUCUCUCUCCGGGGUGUGCCCAGCGAGGCCCGGCAGUGCGACUACACGGGCCUGUACUACUGCAGCAGCUGCCACUGGAAUGACCUGGCCGUCAUCCCCGCCCGCGUCAUCCACAACUGGGACUUUGAACCCCGCAAGGUGUCACGCUGCAGCAUGCGCUACCUCGCCCUGAUGCUGUCGCGCCCAGUGCUCAAGCUGCGGGAGAUCAACCCCCUGCUCUUCAACUAUGUGGAGGAGCUGGUGGAGAUCAGGAAGCUGCGCCAGGACAUCCUGCUCAUGAAGCCCUACUUCAUCACCUGCAAGGAGGCCAUGGAGGCACGGCUGCUGCUUCAGCUGCAGGACCGGCAGCACUUCGUGGAGAACGACGAGAUGUACUCGCUGCAGGACCUGGUGGACGUGCAGGCCGGGCGCCUGGGCUGCUCGCUCACCGAGAUCCACACCCUCUUUGCCAAGCACAUCAAGCUGGACUGCGAGCGGUGCCAGGCCAAGGGCUUCGUGUGCGAGCUCUGCAAGGAGGGCGAUGUGCUCUUCCCCUUCGACAGCCACACUUCGGUCUGCACCGACUGCUCCGCCGUCUUCCACAGGGACUGCUACUACGACAACUCGACCACGUGCCCCAAGUGCGCCCGGCUCACCUUGCGCAAGCAGUUGCUCUUCCGGGACCCCAGCGCCAAGGUGGAGGCUUAGGGCCGUGCCCAGCCUGCCGGCACCAUGGAGCCUCAGCAAGGGGAGGAGCAGUAGGACCAUGGCUACCCGGUCUGUAUGCACUUUGGAUGGCAGGCCUCGGAAGGCCUGCUUCCACCCCUGGACUUGCUGCCUCGGCAUGACUCAGAACUGCCUGGGAUGGGGCUUGUGCAACUGCUGGGACCUUUUUGCCACCGCACGGCGAGUGCUGGGCCCUGCUGACCGCGGGGGCCACCCAGCUGCAGGAGGCAGUGCGCUGGGCAGGCUCCCCAGGGUGCUGUUGUGUACCAGGGGAUGCACCCAUCACAGAGCCCAGGCUUGGUCUGCCUCAGCCCCAGCCUGUGCCUUCCUGCUGGCAUGGCCUGCGGGCCCCGGUGAAGGGGCAUCUGUGCUGUGCCGGGCCGUGGGGCUGUCAUCUACUUUGGGGAGUUUUCUGCCUCCUUGUCUCUCUCGCUGCCACCACUGGGCUGGGGCUGGGAAGCCCAGCUGCCCCAAGGGCACAACUGUGCUCGCUCUGGUGGGGCAGGUGGUCUGGGAUGAGUGUAUUCAAAGCACCCUGUUACCUGGGCUCUGGUUGCGUGGCCUGGCUCAGGGCAUGGGGUUGGGGGAGCCCCACGUCUUCAUCACAGGUGUGCAAGGGCCUGAGCCUGUGCCCAGCACACGAGUGUUCACACUGCACCUGCGCUAGCACUACAUGCCCCCAGCCGCAGCCGCCGGCCCCGGCUGCGCUGUCCAGGGGGAGCACUCGGGCCUUGCUGCUGCUGCUGCUGCUGCUGCCCACGCACUGUGCCUGCAGCAACAGAGGGUGCUGGUCUUGGUGCCUCCCUAAACACUAAUUUCACGUCAGUCUCCAGUGGGACGGGCGGGGGCUGCAGCGCUCAGGCUACAAUUGUUGAGUGCUGCCCUGUCCCGUGGAAGGCUGAACCCCCCAGGAGAAGUGUCCUCUGCCCGGCAGAGUUGGCUGCAUCCUGUCGCCACUCGCUUCGAGCCUGGCACUGACCUCUCCUUGUUCCGAAUUCGUGUGGAAACGUCUCUGCCUGCCCUAGAGAUGCUGGUGGAGACCCCCAUGGGGCCAGACAGCAGGCAGGCCCCAGCCAGGGCUGCUGGGGGCUUAGCCGCCUCGGGGGCAGGGGCACAGCCUUGCCAGAGCAGCCAAGGCAAGCGUGCACCUCCUAACUUGCCAGAAACAGUCUUGCCCCCAGUGAGGGCAGGGGGGUGAGACCUGAAGCAAUAGAGGGGGGCUGAGCUGUGAAGUCUCUCCUGGCCGGGGCUGGCAGGCAGCUCCCCUCCCCGCUCCACUGGUGUAGCACCGCUGCCCUCGAGCUCCCUGGGCCCCGAGGCAGCCUGGCUCUUCGCCCCCAGCUCUGUCCCUGCGACCCCCGGGCUGCUCCCUUCACCCGUCCUCCGUCGUUCUCGUCAGAAGAAACGUUCCACGGUACGUCUGAUCCCCCCCAAAACACACACACUUUAACACAUCGGUGUUGCAAAUGAAAACGCUGCUAAGGUUUCACGGGAGCAUUAAUUAACUCGGCGUCUGCACAAUGUAGCAUUUUCUAUUCCUGUU